GAGAAGAUUUUGUAAUGUCGUUUUGGGAGAUUUAGAGAGAGAGAGAGAGAGAGAGAGAGAGAAAACGAGGGGAGUGAGAGACUGUGAGGGUUUUGGUUUUCUGUUUGGCUGAUCGGAAAAUCUCUAGCCGCAAAGAAAGUUUUUCCUGGGAAUUUUUUUUCUCCGAUUAUAUUUUUUAGGAGAGAGAGGGAUGGGGAGCGAGACGAAGAAUGGAGUGGCGGCAGCGGCGGCGCAGUUUCCGCCGAUGACGAAGAAGAUUAUACAGAGCCUGAAGGAGAUUGUUAACUGUCCGGAGCCUGAGAUCUACUCGGUACUUAAAGAGUGCAAUAUGGACCCGAACGACGCCGUUCAGCGCCUGCUCUCUUUAGAUACUUUUCACGAAGUCAAGAGCAAACGUGAAAGAAGGAAAGAGAUAAAGGAGACACAAGACUCCAAGCCACGAGUUCACAGUGCAGGUUCAAAUCGUUGUGCUAAAGGUAGUAAUGAGCAUACUGGUGGAUGGUGUGGAUCAACUCAAACUGGUUCCAAUGAGCCCGGUAAAGCUGCUUAUAAGGGACAGAAUGGGUUUGUUUCACCUCAUACUUCAGCUUCUCACUUUACAGGAGGAGCCACAAGCCAGCAACCUUCAUCUCAGCGCGAAUCUUUUAGUACUUCAAUAAGGCCAGGUGAUGCAGUCUGUGUAUCUCUACAACCUUCUACGGGAAAUCAAUCUACUUCCGGAACCAGCUCAGGGAAUCUUUCAAUGGCCGACAUUGUUAAGAUGGGUAGACCACCUAGCAUGGGCUCACGUAUUUCAUCUGAUACAUCUUUGCAUCAGGAUGCAUUUUCUACAAAUUCAUGUAAUAGCCACAUUGAAUCUUCCCAAACAGAGAUGCACCAAUAUAUGCACUUUCAUAAUCCUCAUGUGUCAGAGAUGAUGCAUAAAACUGGUGAUAGUGCUGGACAGAACGAUUUCCAUGAUGAAUGGCCUGUGAUUGAGCAGCCAACAGCUGCAAAUAGGUCAUCAGCUUUAAAUGCAAAUCAAUCUAAGUUUUAUAUCAAUGAAUCCAAUGUGCCAAGGGAUUACCAGUCACAUAAGGUCCAACUAUCAGAGGGGAAUAUUUGUAGCGAAAGUCUUAGUUCCGACUGCAUUGCUUUUGCUUCCAGUAGACAGAAGAUGGUGGAUGGUUCUGGUGGAAAAUCGUAUUAUGUUGAUGAUUUGUCUUCCAAUUCUAGUUCCGACGAAUCUCAUAGGUCUGCAUAUGAGAAUGGAAAAGGAACUGUUAUUGGUUCAAAUGCGCCAUAUCCAAAUCAUUCUGCCUCUAAUGAUGUUGCUGUGGCAUCAGCUACUAUGAGAAUGCAACAACUGAAUUUAAGAAAGGAGGAAGAUCAAGAUAAUUGUGCAGUAGUCCUUCCAAAUAAUUUGCAAGAAUUGGCUGCCGAUUGUUCGCAUUUGAGUUUUGGCACCUUUAGACCGUCUCAAAGUUCUGCAUUAUCCAGCAAGCCAUCUAAUUCCUUGAAAAAUGACUUGGGAGGAUCUUCUGCAGGAGAAGCAGGAGUUGAUGUUUUCUCAGCCGGGCGCUUGGAUACAAGAAAUUCAGGGUACAAUCACGACGAACUUCUUGGAUACAUGUAUAAUACUGGGAGAGCAACCAUAGGUGCUAAAAAUUAUGAUUUUCCAGUACCUUCACAGCCAGAUCUGAUAAAACAGGAUAUCCUUGAAGCAACGCGUGGACAUAGAGACAGCUCUACCUCAUCACUACGUAAUUUUAAUUCUGAGAACAUUGAAAGAGCAACUUCUGGAUUGCCUUUUGCAAAGGCAGAUCCUGAAUUCAGAAAUAUUCCUCUUCAAAACAAUAUGGCAUAUUCAGAUUCUAUACGAAGUGAUCUAUUGGAGUCAUUCCAACAGUUUUUGGUGAAGCCAUCUGUGCCUUCAAUGUACAACAGUGUAGUUUCAUCCGUAAAGAACCCAACUAGUUCCAUGUCCGAGGCUCUGAGACCAGGCACCGUACCGUUAUCUGAGGUAUCUUCUGUUCUUCCUCAACGCCAUGCAGCCCGUUCAUAUGCUCAACCUACCCAUUCUUACGAACAGUUAGCAAACAUUAUUGGGUACCCUUCCAUGCCUCAGGCUCAGAACUACUCGCCUAUGCCAUCAAAUUUGCAGCAAGAAUAUCUAGGUGGUAGUGCAUUCCAUCAGUCAGGGGCUAGCAUGGAAUACAACUUCCCUCAGUAUAGAAGUGGAGCCUCAGUAAGCAGAUUGCCUACGUCUGCUGCUGCUGCUGCUGCUGGUCAUGGAAGUUUUGGGGCCUCUAAUAACAAUCACGGGAGUUUCUUGCAUAAUGCAUCUGCUACUCCUGGCAGCAUAGCUGACUAUGAUGAUGUUUUCCGCCCUCAGUAUAAGGAUGGAAACCAUUUAACCGCUCUUUAUCAGAGUUCAAGAACAUUGCCUUCCGUUCCAGACGGUGCAUUUAACAACUUACUUGGGCAGAAUCAACAGCAUGCAGGAUAUCGACAAGGGCAGGCUGGACAGCUGCCCUCCCAGUUGCAGAGUUAUCGAGGACACCCAGAUUUCUAUCAUUCCCAAGGGGACGUAACACAAGAACUUCAGCGGCAACGCCUCAAUGAUUUAGGCUUAGGAGGUUUCCAAGACCUGUCACCUCAGCAGUUGCACCAGAUUUGGCAGGGGACCUACUAAUAGAAAGUUUUUCCCUCUCUUUUUUUUCUUUCUAUUUUUGUUUUCUGCAAUGGGGCUUGUAGUGAGUUUGGAGUUGCCAAAUUAGGGUGUCACUUUAGUUCAGAAUCUACGGCGGUUCUGUCUGGCUGUCCAAUUGUACAUACUCUAAACGGAGAAGUUAUCGUUUUUUGCCUUGUGCCUCGACGAUGUAUCUUACGAAACUGUUGUGGCAUGAAUUCUACAUUCAAUGCGAUGACCUGCAAUUUUUGUUUCUA